AUGACUAACCGUAUCCUAUUUUUCACAAUUUUAUUCGUGUUCGCUAGUUUGAUUCUAGCCUCUAUUCCAUUAUUUACAUUCAAUGCUGGAGAAAAUGCAACAAUCGGAAUUGGAGAUUCAAAGGAGUUCAAACGAUCUGUUGGAAGCGCUGGAGGUAUUCAAGUUUAUCGAGUUUGUGAUGGAAAAAAUGCCAAGACUUGUGGAUAUUGGGAAGAUUUAAAGGUUAGUUGGGCUAACUUGUUGUGUUAGAAGUUAGGGUAACUGAAAAAUUCCUUAAAAGCUCUUAAAAUCUUUGCUGACCUACCCUAACCUUAAAUUUUUCAAUUUUCAGACCAAGAAAAAAGUGGCAAAUGCUCCAGUGACCAAAAAAGUUGGAAAAAAUUUGGUUCUUGAAAAAGUCACCGCAGAGGAUUCUGGAAGCUACUAUGAUGAUGGUGAUAUUUAUUUCCGCGUUCAAAUUUUUGAAUUGGCGCCGACCAAAUAA